AGAUUUGAGUGCAGGGCCUCCCUCCUUGUGCAGCAUAUAAGAGGCCGCCCGCGGAACGCCACGCCCGGGAGGCAGAAACCCGAUCUGGAGAGAGCCGCAGGAUGGAUUCCUCCGUUCCAGCUCUCCUCGUCACCUGCAUCGUGAUGUCCCUCAACAGCUACAGCCAGCAGACUCUUUACUGCCCACCGGGGCCUGCGCCCGAAAACAUCACCGAAUUCGUCUGCAGCUCUUCCUCUCUCCGUGACUUCCCCACCGGCUUCCCUGAACGAACCAAGAUGAUCUCGGUGGAGUUCACCCAGCUCUCCGGCAUCGGCGCGGAGGCCCUCCAGGGUCUUCCGAACCUCCAGCAGCUCCACCUGUCCGGCAACAGGCUGACAGCGCUUCCGAGCGGCCUUUUCCGUAACCUCCCGGGCCUGCACACCCUGGAUCUCUCCAGAAAUCUGCUAGAAGAUCUACCGCCCGAGCUCUUCACAGACGCAGGCAGCCUGACGCAGCUGUCCCUGGGUGAAAACCGCCUGGCUGAACUGCGCCCGUCCUGGUUCGAGAGCCUGGAGCAGCUCACGCGCCUGGACCUCAGCCACAAUUGGCUGACGGCAGUGCCCGGCUCUUGCUUCCGAAAGCUGAGGAAGCUGAUCUUCCUGGACCUCUCCUUCAACCUCCUCCACCACCUCUCUCCAGAGAUGUUCGGAGGCCUGGAAAACUUAGAGCAGUUAGUCCUGGAAAACAACCCCAUCCGGUGUGUCGCGCCCAAGACCUUCCACGUCAUUCCAAAGCUGUCGGUGCUCUCCCUGGAGAACAGCAGCCUGACCCACAUCCCCGAUGGGCUCUUCAAGCCGCUGGAGCAUCUGGAGCUCCUGGACCUGUCCGCCAAUGAGCUCACCUCGCUGGAUCCUCCGUUCGCCACCCCGUCAGCCAAGCUCAGUCUUGACCUCUCGGGAAACCCCUGGGCGUGCGACUGCCGCAUGCACACUCUUUUACACUGGGUGAAGGAGCAUGCCGUCAGUUUCGUCUCCAAGCUGGAUAUUGUCUGUGCGUUCCCCAACAGCCUGAAAGAUCAGGCUGCAACUUCACUUAAUGGAUCCCAACUUUGUUCCUGCUAAACCUUCAAGACAGAUCUUUUUCCACCCUGCUUCCUCUACAGCAGUGUUUCCCAGUUUGGGCCAUUUCCAGUUGAAUGGACUUCAUUUCCCAGAAUUCUCAGCAGUGGCCGUGCUGGCCAGGGAAUUCUGGGAGCUGAAGUCCACACAACCGGAGAGCAAUCUUCAACGCCCAGAAUUCUCAGCAGUGGCCAUGCUGGCUGGGGAAUUCUGGGAGCUGAAGUCCACGUGGCUGGAGGACAACCUUCAACUCCCAGAAUUCUCAGCAGUGGCCAUGCUGGCUGGGGAAUUCUGGGAGCUGAAGUCCACACAGCUGGAGGGCAAUCUUUCCCCAGAUACGAACACUGCCAGGUUAGGGACCCGGAUUGGGACAUGCCAACCCUUCCAACCUCCCUCCCCACCAACAGAUACUGGAGUUGUUCUUUAAAACUCGAUGGAUUUCCUGCCUAGUGCAAUUUAUUUUUUUAAAAGCCUGUCCCACAGUUGCUAGGAUCUCAGGCAAGUUAUUCAGGAGGCUCAGUCAACUGGUACAUUGGCUCCUCCUGAAAGGCCGCUGGUUUGUGAUCGCUGCAGCUUUCACGCCCCCCAGAAAAGUCUGACAUUUCUCAUUUCUUCUUCCAGCCCCGCCCCCGAAUGCCCUUCCGAUUAGCAAGAGUGUUAUUAAUUACGUAAAUUGCUUCCAUCGCACAUCGUUUGCUUUCCUCCUUAAUUUCUUUCCCCAGUUCCCCCCACCCCACCCUGCUUUCUAAUUGGGAACAAAACAUACCUUUGCCUCCUAAUGUCUCGCCUGCAGAUUUAUGUCGAGGGCGCAGUCCCAUGGAAGUUUUAAAUUAAAUCCAAUUGCUUAAAGAUAUUCAGCAAUUUGCUGUGAUUUAACCGAGCAAUAAAACCCAAAUGCAAAAUA